AUGACAGUAAGAGGUACGCUUUGUCUUGUGCUCGGGGGUAGAAACUUGGGCAAGACGUUGCUCAAGGAAGCAGCUAUUGCCAGAUGCAAAGCAAAUGUGAACAUGGUGUCGGUCGACAUGCGGGAUGCAGACAUGCUGGGCAAGGAUCUGAUGACGGCACUCGACUUGCAACAGCAGAAAUCCCUUGGGUGGGCACGUCUCUCGGUGGAGAUAUUGCGCGCAGUCAUCCAAUUCCCUGUCGACUACGCCCUGAAGAGAAUCAAUGGAUUUAGUGGAGCUGGAGUGGCAGCUAAGGAAGUGUUGGAUGCCGCAGUAUCACGUCAUCAAAUUCGCAUCGACAACUUUAUCUCCCGGAGCAAGAAGGUCCCGUGCAUCAUCGUCGAUGAAGCAAACCUUGCAAUACCUGGAAUAGUGGCUGAAGAUGGACGCGCUCUAGCUGGAUCAGCUCUACAAGCCAUCACGAAGUGGACCAAGCAGACACCUCGAGCAAGUGUGACCAUGAUAUCUUCGGAGUUUAGCUAUCCGUUUCGGCUGUUAGCAAACGGCUUAGCCUUGAGCAGCAUUCAACAAUUGCUUGUCAUUGGCGAAGUGCCACAGUCCGACAUGAAGAAGAUGCUGAAGGAUGAUUGGGGCAUGGACGAAGAUUUGUCAAAGAUGUUCUACGACAUCUUCGGCGGCGACAUUUACACCACCAAGCAGGCUUUAGACAGCCUCAUUCGGAAGAAAAAUGCUUUCGACCCCUUUGCCGUUCUGCUAUGCCCCGGGCUGCCUUCCUGUGUGAAAAAUGCAGCGGCGAGGGCUCACCUGGCGAACAUAGACACACAAGGCUUCUCUUUGGUGGAGGAUGUGGAAACAGACGAAGGUGCAAAAAUGAUUGCGGAGAAGAACCUGGGCGGGGUCAUUAGCCGAAGCUCCAUGACCUUCGGAUUGCCCGACAUCUUCAACGGCACGGACAAGAAAUGGGCUGUCAUUCCAUCGACUUACCACAUGAAGCUGCUUAUUCACCGCGGGCUCCAACAAAUUCCUUUGCCAAAAUCAGGCCCAUCUGCCGGAUCUGCAGGCAGUGCCGCCCCAGCGCAACCGACAGUCAUUUGGGCCUGUCAAUUUCGCAAGGACGGGUCUACGAUUGAGGUCGCCGGCAAUGUAUUUCAAGUCAAAGGAGCUUUUUCAAACGUGGAUGACCUGAAGAAGGCUAUCAAGAACGAGAACCCAAAGACCGUGACGUGCGAUGCGUUCCAACUGGAUAUAUACAGCCAGAAGGACAGGAAGUGGGUGAAGGAAGACGAAGCCAAUGAACUCAAUCGCGGCACAUCCAAGGAAGAUUGCUACGGGUUCAUGCUGCCACAAAAGACGGACGAUGCAUAG